CCCUGAGCUGGCGCUCGGCUCCUCCUCGGGCUCCGAGCGCGGCUGGCGGGAGGGAGGAUCCCAGCCCCCUCCCCCGGCGGCGGCCGGGCACAGACUAGCGAGCGAGCGCACGGAGGAGGAGGAGGCUCUGGCGAGCGCCUCCCUCCCGCUCCCAGCCGAGCGCAGCGCCCGGAGCAUGGAGCCUGCCUGAGACACUCCGCGGGCUCCGGCAGCUGCUGCUGCGGCGCACAACAUGGAGGCGGCGGCCUCGCUGCUCCUGCUGGCCGCCGCGGUGCUUCAGUGCCACUUGGGCUCGCUGCGGGCUUCUCCUCUUCUGCUUUUCGCCAAUCGUCGGGAUGUCAGACUGGUGGAUGCUGGAGGAGUGAAGCCAGAGUCCACUAUAGUGGUCAGCGGCUUAGAAGAUGCCGCGGCGGUUGACUUUCAGUACUCACAAGGCAUCAUUUACUGGACAGACGUGAGCGAAGAAGCCAUCAAGCAAACGUACUUGAACCAAACUGGGAAUGUAGUGCAGAAUGUCAUUAUUUCUGGUCUGGUUUCUCCGGAUGGCCUGGCAUGUGAUUGGAUUGGGAAAAAGCUGUACUGGACGGACUCAGAAACCAAUAGGAUAGAAGUUGCUAAUCUCAAUGGAACAUCUAGAAAAGUCCUCUUCUGGCAAGACCUUGACCAGCCAAGGGCAAUUGCCUUGGAUCCAGCACAUGGGUAUAUGUAUUGGACGGACUGGGGAGAAACACCCAGAAUAGAACGAGCAGGAAUGGAUAGCAGCACUCGAAAAAUAAUUGUUAAUUCAGACAUUUAUUGGCCUAAUGGACUCACGAUAGAUCUUGAUGAGCAGAAGUUGUACUGGGCUGAUGCAAAGCUGAGUUUCAUUCAUAGAGCAAAUCUGGAUGGUUCCUUUAGGCAAAAGGUUGUGGAAGGGAGUCUCACUCACCCAUUUGCGCUGACAUUGUCUGGAGAGACGUUGUAUUGGACAGACUGGCAGACUCGCUCCAUUCAUGCCUGUGACAAAAGGACCGGAGAGAAAAAGAGAGAAAUACUGAAUGCACUUUACUCACCGAUGGACAUCCAAGUCUUGAGUCCAGAGCGGCAGCCAUACUUUCAUACUCCCUGCGAAGAAAACAAUGGAGGCUGCUCUCACCUCUGCCUGCUAUCCCCGAGAGACCCCUUCUUCACCUGUGCCUGUCCCACUGGAGUGCAGCUGGAAGAUGAUGGCAAGACCUGUAAAGCAGGUGCCGAGGAAGUCUUGCUGCUCGCUAGAAGGACAGAUUUGCGAAGAAUCUCCUUGGACAUGCCAGACUUCACUGACAUUAUUCUGCAGAUAGACAAUAUCAGGCAUGCGAUUGCAAUAGACUAUGAUCCUGUUGAGGGCUACAUAUACUGGACCGAUGACGAUGUCCGGGCUAUUCGUCGGGCUUACCUUGAUGGUUCUGGAGCACAGACCCUAGUGACCACGGAAAUUAAUCAUCCUGAUGGCAUAGCAGUAGACUGGGUGGCAAGGAACCUGUACUGGACUGACACAGGAACAGAUCGCAUUGAAGUAACCCGAUUGAAUGGGACAUCCAGAAAGAUCCUUAUAUCGGAAAAUCUAGAUGAACCUAGAGCGAUAGUGCUAAAUCCUGUGAUGGGCUACAUGUAUUGGACGGACUGGGGUGAAAAUCCAAAGAUUGAAUGUGCUUAUCUGGAUGGCUCAGAGAGGAGGGUCCUAGUGAACAGUUCUCUAGGUUGGCCUAAUGGCUUGGCACUGGAUCUUGAAGAAGACAAACUUUACUGGGGAGAUGCAAAGACAGACAAAAUUGAAGUAAUAAAUGUUGACGGAACAAUGAGAAGAACUCUACUAGAAGAUAAGCUUCCUCAUAUAUUUGGGUUUACUUUGCUGGGGGACUACAUCUACUGGACAGACUGGCAGAGACGAAGUAUUGAAAGAGUUCACAAAAUAAGAGCAAGCAGGGAUAUCAUCAUAGAUCAGUUGCCAGACCUAAUGGGCCUCAAAGCAGCAAGUGUGACCAAAGUGUUUGGAACCAAUCCUUGUGCUGAGAAUAAUGGAGGCUGCAGCCAUCUGUGUUUCUUCACACCUCUGGAGACCAGAUGUGCUUGUCCCAUAGGACUGGAGUUGCUGAGCGACAUGAAGACCUGCAUCAUUCCUGAAGCCUUCCUUGUUUUCACCAGCAGAGCAGCAAUUCAUAGGAUUUCCCUUGAAACCAACAAUAAUGAUGUAGCUAUUCCUCUUACUGGUGUCAAAGAGGCAUCUGCUCUGGAUUUUGAUGUGUCUGAUAAUAGAAUCUAUUGGACUGAUAUUAGCUUAAAGACCAUAAGCCGGGCAUUCAUGAAUGGGAGCUCUGUUGAACAUGUGAUUGAGUUUGGGUUAGACUACCCUGAGGGAAUGGCAGUAGACUGGAUGGGAAAGAACCUUUACUGGGCAGAUACUGGAACCAAUCGAAUUGAAGUAGCGCGCCUGGAUGGACAGUAUAGACAGGUUCUUGUGUGGAAGGAUUUGGAUAACCCAAGGUCUUUGGCUCUUGAUCCUACUAAAGGUUAUAUGUACUGGACAGAGUGGGGAGGUAAACCAAGGAUCGUUCGAGCAUAUAUGGAUGGGACAAACGGCAUCACUUUGGUUGAUAAAGUGGGACGUGCCAAUGAUUUAACUAUUGACUAUGCAGACCAAAGACUAUAUUGGACUGACCUAGACACAAGUAUGAUUGAGUCAUCAAACAUGCUAGGUCAAGAAAGGGAAAUAAUAGCAGAUGAUCUACCUCAUCCAUUUGGACUAACACAGUACAGUGAUUAUAUCUACUGGACAGACUGGAACCUUCACAGUAUAGAAAGAGCAGACAAGACCAAUGGGAAGAACCGGACACUAAUUCAAGGACAUCUGGAUUUUGUGAUGGACAUAUUGGUCUUUCACUCUUCACGCCAGGAUGGCUUGAAUGACUGCAUGCAAAACAAUGGGCACUGUGGACAAUUGUGCCUUGCCAUACCAAAUGGGUAUAGAUGUGGGUGUGCCUCUCACUAUACCUUGGAUCCCAACAGCAGGAACUGCAGUUCACCCACCAGCUUCCUGCUGUUUAGCCAGAAGUCUGCAAUCAGUCGGAUGAUACCAGAUGACCAGCAAAGUCCAGAUAUCAUCCUUCCUGUGCAUGGUCUAAGAAAUGUCAAGGCCAUUGAUUAUGAUCCCUUAGAUAAACUGAUUUAUUGGGUGGAUGGACGUCAGAACAUUAUUAAAAGAGCCAAAGAUGAUGGUACCCAGCCUUUCACUGUCAUGAGCACUCCAAACCAAAGCCAAAAUCCAGAGAAACAGCCGCAUGACCUGAGUAUUGAUAUUUACAGCCAUACCUUGUACUGGACCUGUGAGGCCACAAAUUCAAUCAGUGUUCACAGACUUAAUGGAGAACCAAUUGGAACAGUGUUGAAAGGCGAUCAUGACAAGCCAAGAGCCAUAGUAGUCAAUGCAGAGCGAGGGUACAUGUACUUCACAAACAUGCAAGAGCGAGCCCCGAAGAUAGAGCGCGCAGCCCUGGACGGCACGGAACGAGAAGUGCUCUUUAGUACCGGGCUGAUCCGACCUGUUGCACUGGUAAUUGACAACAAGCUUGGGAAACUCUUCUGGGUGGACGCAGAUCUCAAACGCAUUGAAAGCUGUGAUUUGUCAGGAGCUAACCGUGUGACACUGGAGGACUCCAACAUCCUGCAGCCAAUGGGACUGACUGUGUUGGGGAAUCACUUGUACUGGAUUGACCGUCAGCAGCAGAUGAUUGAGAGAGUUGAGAAAACCAGUGGAUACAAGAGGACUAGAAUCCAAGGCCGAAUUGCUCACUUGACAGGCAUUCAUGCAGUGGAAGAAGUUGAUAUGGAUGAAUUUUCUGCACAUCCAUGUUCCCGUGACAAUGGUGGCUGUUCACACAUCUGCAUUGCAAAAGGAGAUGGAACCCCAAGAUGCUCAUGCCCAGAUCAUCUUGUACUUUUACAGAACCUCUUAACAUGUGGAGAACCUCCAACUUGUUCCCCAGAUCAGUUUACCUGUGCGACUGGGGAGAUAGACUGUAUCCCAAUGGCAUGGCGAUGUGAUGGAUUUCCAGAAUGUGAUGACCAGAGUGAUGAAGAUAGCUGUCCUAUAUGCUCAGCAGCCCAGUUUCAGUGUGAGAAAGGACAAUGUAUUGAUGCCCGGUUGCGGUGUAAUGGAGAAAUUGACUGCCAAGAUAAAUCCGACGAAGCAGACUGCAAUACAAUCUGUCUCCCAAAUCAGUUUCGAUGUGCUAGUGGCCAGUGCAUCCUCAUAAAACAGCAAUGUGAUUCCUUUCCAGAUUGCAUCGAUGGUUCCGAUGAACUCAUGUGUGAAAAAAACACAUCCUCAGAUGAACCUCAACCCCACGUUAGUGCUAUUGGACCUGUCAUUGGUAUCAUACUGUCCCUUUUGGUCAUGGGAGGAAUGUAUUUUGUUUGCCAGCGAGUGGUAUGUCAGCGCUAUGCUGGACCCAAUGGACCUUUUCCGCAUGAAUAUGUCAGCGGAACCCCUCAUGUCCCUCUUAAUUUUAUAGCUCCAGGGAGUUCUCAGCAUGGCACUUUUACUGGUAAGGAUGGCAUCUCUUGUGGAAAGUCUAUGAUUAGCUCCAUGAGCCUCAUGGGAGGAAGUAGCGGUGCCCCUCUGUAUGACAGAAACCAUGUUACUGGAGCCUCUUCUAGUAGUUCAUCUAGCACUAAAGCCACUUUCUACCCACAGAUUUUGAACCCCCCUCCUUCCCCAGCCACUGAUCGCUCCUUAUAUAACACAGAGAUGUUCUAUUCCUCAAACAUUCCUUCAACAACAAGAUCUUACAGACCCUACCUGAUACGAGGGAUAGCUCCGCCCACGACACCAUGCAGCACCGAUGUGUGCGACAGCGACUACACCACAAGCCGGUGGAAGGCCAACAAAUACUACAUAGAUCUAAAUUCAGACUCAGACCCUUAUCCCCCUCCCCCCACGCCUCGCAGCCAGUAUAUGUCGGCAGAAGAAAGCUGCCCUCCAUCUCCUGCCACAGAGCGAAGCUACUUUCACCUCUACCCCCCUCCACCGUCUCCUUGUACAGAUUCCUCAUGACCUUAAUAGAAGGAACUUGUCUUUUACUGUAAAUAUUUUUAAAUAUGAACAAAGAUUAAAAUAUAUUUUAUGAUUUUAAAAAUAAAUAGGGGUGGGAAUUUAAAAAAAGAAAAUGUGAAUAAAAAUGGAUGGGGUGGGGCUGUGAAAAUGUGUACAGUGGAAGAAUAUUUAUAAAUUUGAUUUUUUAAUUUAAUUUCCAUGCUUUUGUGCCAUAAUUGCCUUUUUUUAAUUGAAGUCAGGAAACUGACUAGACCU